GUUGUUCUUUGUAGCUUGACAUUAAAGGCGAUGCAGGGGAAUUAAAGGCCGCCAGGGAAGGCACCGCAUUUCAAGGAAUACGGCCAGCCAGAAAUAAUGGUGGGAAACAAUUGGAUAAAACAGAUGUUGAAGAAAGUGAACAUAAGCGUUACGGACCGGAUCUCGUGUGUUUGGAGUCACCCGGCUCAAAUAUCAGCUUUUUCAUCUCCAGUCACAGGACAUCGGUAGCCGAGUGCCCGGCGGCUUGCUAGCCCGCAGUCUUUCCUAAAAUCUCCGCUCCAGUAUCACAGAUCUGAUCUGUUUUUUGUGUUUUUUUUAAGCGUUACGAAAGCUAGCCCGCAUCAACGGAACUGAUCCGGCCAUAUGGAGCCCGUUUUCUGUCAUUAAAGUAAAGGUAUGACCCGCUAGUCCUCUGUUGCAAAUCUGACCGCUAGGAUCAAGCUAGCAUCAUCUGGAGUUGGAUGGACGCGCGGCUCACACUCAAACACCCACAGCAUCCCUGCCUGGGACGCGUUCAUGCCCGUGCUGCUGCACUGGAAUGCUAACUAAUGAGGAAGUGGCUUUAACAUGACGAGGGUCAUUUUGCCCCUUAACCGCUCAAAGCUGUUAGGUGCUACCCAGACAUUAUUUAGAUGCCAAAUGUAAUGACCGUCCCGAGCUCGCACCAUGUAUGUGGCUGGCCGAGUCUGUCUCCAGCCUUGCGGGUGACACUCUCACAGGUACCGGCGGUUCAAAGCAAACAGCGGUUGCAAGCGGCUGCUUGCUGAGAGACUUGAAGUGAGCUUGCCAGUGCAAGCUAGGAGGCUAUUAGCACAAUAUAGAACCCCUAAACAGCACCAAUGGUAUCCCACAAGGUUUUAGUCGCAAUAAUCCUAUUAAAUGUGUACAUAGGUGUACAGUCUGUUUUUUACUUUUUUGGCGGCGUCCUUUUAACGGGCUUGUUUGCUAUGGCAAUUUUAAAUGGACCAAGGCUUCUGGACUGGGCGAGUUCACCUCCACAUCUACAGUUUAACAAAUACGUCCUAACGGGAUACCGGCCAAGCUCCUCUGUGCAAGACUGCAUAAGAAGCUUGUUUUACCUGCACAAUGAACUUGGAAACAUAUACACUCACGGCAUCCCUUUGGUUUGCUUCCUGGUGCUGCUUCCUCUCCACAUCCCCUGGUCUCAGAUCAGCGUCACGUGGUUGGGCGUGGUGCAUUUCCUUGCUUGCCUCUCGCCCCAGCUGGGCUCUGUGCUCUACCACCUCUUCAUGAACCACGAGGGAGGGGAGCCCGUCUACCACACCCUCCUUAAACUCGACGUGUGUGGAAUCUGCAUGAUCAACACAUUGGGGGCGCUGCCCAUUGUCUACAGCACGCUGCUGUGCUACCCGUUCAUCCGCACUGUGGCCCUGUUAGUCUACAUCCUGCUGUCCAGCCACGCCAUCUACUGCGCCGUCACGGCUCGGAGCAGCGUUCGCCGAUUGCGCUCCUUCGCCUGGCAGGCGGUAUUCCGCUUCUCCUUCUUCUUGCUUCGCGGGGUGGGCUUGGGUGGCGGCAGCCCCACCUCGCUACGCCACUUCCUCAUGAUGGAUGCGCUGGCGGUGCUGGGCGGGGUCAUCAACAUCAUGCGCAUCCCGGAGCGCUUCCGCCCAGGCCUCUUUGACUACUGGUGCAACAGCCACCAGAUCAUGCAUGUACUGGUGGUAGGCUCCAUCCUUUACCUACACUGGGGUGUGCUGGAUGACCUGCUGUGGAUCAACAGCUACAACUGUCCCUCAGACUGACCCCCCCCCCCCCCCCCCGUAGCCCCCACCCCUUACAAGGAGCACUGGGAUGUAAGGUUAUAGGACCUCUGAGGGGAUGGGGGUGUCUGCAGAGGGAAAGAGAAGGAGGGUAUUCAGGGGGAACUGAUGCAGUGAGGUGAGACAAUAUGUUCUCUGUGCAUGUGUUCACCUCAUGCACUUAAACUCAGAAUGUUCAUAUCUACAUCCAUCUUGUUACUUUGUGCGAAUGUAGGCAAGUAUGUCAAGUAACACGCACAAGCAUUUUGACUCUGUCACUCACAGGUGUAUACGGACACACACACACACGCACACACGCACACACACACACACACACACACACACACACACA